GACUCCUCCCUCUCUAAGAUCACUUUCUUGCUCCCAAAGCAAAUCUUCUUCUUUCUUCAUCUUCUGAGUUUCUCCCAGACUUCAGCAACAAACGAGGAAAGAACAGCGAAAUUAAAAGCUCAACAAACACAAAAAUACGCAAGAGAAGAUUAUUUAUAUAUCUAAUCGGAAAAAAAUGAGUUGCAAUGGUUGCCGAGUGCUCCGGAAAGGUUGCAGCGAGAAUUGUAUACUCCGGCCAUGUAUUCAAUGGAUAGAAACCGCCGAUGCUCAAGGACACGCCACCGUCUUCGUCGCUAAAUUCUUCGGUCGCGCCGGCCUCAUGUCCUUUAUCUCAGCCGUACCGGAAUCUCAACGUCCCGCUCUGUUUCAGUCUUUGCUAUACGAAGCUUGUGGAAGAACAGUGAACCCGGUAAACGGAGCAAUCGGAAUGUUGUGGACUGGAAACUGGAAUAUCUGCCAAGCGGCGGUUGAGACGGUGCUUCGCGGCGGUUCUUUGAGACCGAUCCCGGAGCUCCUCACUCACGGUGGCGGAUUCGCCGGGUUUCCAUCGGCUACAUCUGAAGAAGCAUCUGAAAUCUGUACGGAAAUGUUGAAUCUCCAGCAGAAUAAUUCCAGCGAUCGCAACGUCUACCAUCAUUCCCGAUUCUCAAGCUCUAGGUCCAGAUCUACCAUGGAUUCUUCUCCGACGAAACGUAAACGAUUAGCAUCGGAGCAACAAUUAUCUUCGGAGCUCGAUCUAUCACUGAUCCCUAAUUUCCCCAUUAAGACAACGCCUUCUUCAACACGGCGGCGAGUGGAAUCACCGUCGAUGAAUUCGGAGGAAUCAGUGACGACGACUACAACGACGUCGUUUUGGGAUAACACUGCAACGGCAACUGAUGAUCUGUACGGGAAGGGAGGAGAAACAAGCAAGCUGCUUAACCUUUUUGUUUAAACAAACGGUGUCGUUUUUUUUCUUCUCCAGUUUUAGUUAGGGUUAAAAAUGUUAUUUUUCACAUUUUUCUCCCCGUUUCCGUGGAUAAAUAUUUGGCAGACCGGCGAGUCAAUUGUAAUACUAGUUGAUUUUGUUCUCUCGUUUUAGAGUCAUUAACCAACCAAUGUAAAACUUUAUUGAGUGAACUUUUAGAUUUCCGACCGAAUUAAUU